AUGCCGCCUCCACUUCGCAAGUCGUCGCCUGGGCCGCAGUGCCAACACACGAUGAGGUACCGCAGCAACCCCGUAUCCCUUUCCUCUCGGUCACGCUCGCCCUCCCUGUUCGCCAAUGACUCUGAUGAUGAUUUUGUUUACCUUCUGGAGCAUGUCAACACCACGGAAGAGGCGGUUGAGCGCAUCCGUGCGAUGCAGCAGCCAAAGGAACAGAAUCAAGGACGGUUCUUGGGAGGACUCAGAGGCUCUGCGAGGAGUCUUACAGAACCCGUUACAACCUCACCAAACAAGCACCCUGCAUCUCGCAAGAUGAGGGGCAAACUCCCGGCGACAAUGGAAGAAUUCUACGACUCCCCACGCUACACCAUCUCCCUCACUGCUGCCCGGAAAGCCCUCUUCUCUGACGCUCUCUCUGGCUUUCACUCCUACGUAGCGCGUGAAGAAGCGCAGCGUGACCAUCUGUGGACUCUACAGCGCCAUUGCGAUACACAUCACCUCCGAAACAGAGAGCAAGGCGCCGCAAAGCAGCCAACGCAGUAUGUGCACACCUACGACCCUCAAGGCAGUAUUGUCCACAACAGCGCCAUCCCAUCCCUCUCGCUCAGAAUGACGCAGGAGUGGAACACGGCACUUGCCACCUCCUCAGCGUGCCUCGCCAAGCCCGCAGCCAUGCGCGUGGAGGUGACAGGUAGAGUUGAUGAGGAGCAUGGUGCUCAAGUCGGGACUCCCACUUCUGCUGGAUCAUCAAACAAAAGAGCUGAGAACCCCAAUGCCUCACUGGCCACUGCAGGUGCAGGCAUUCCCCCGCCAUCUGCUGUGCCCGGUUCCACUGUGGCAGAGGAGGCUGUCACCGUGGCAGUGGCAGAAGGGACGGGGUCCAGCUUGCAGCGUAUCCCCGCUUCCUACAUCUUUCUCAUGCGCAGCCGUGACACAGAGACGAUGGGCCCGGUUACUUCCCCAGCACCUGCCGCGGCGCCACACAGCGUCACCUUUGAGGACCUGUCACUUCCACCGUCAAGGGACCUGGGUGCGAGCAGCAGGGCAACUGCAGCCUCCGCCACAGGCCUUCAUGUUGACCCCGCUGCCUCCGCUGCUGCGGUGGGUGAACGGGCAAAACAGGUUCCCGCUCCACCUUCCCAGACCCUAGAUUCCGAGCAAGCAAAAAAACUGGAGGCGAUGCAGCUGCACGCGCUCUUGCAGGAGGGUAUCUAUCGGCGUGCACGUACGCCGGUUGUGUUUCGCUAUAACUACUCCCCCGAUUUCGAAGAGACAAUUGAAGAGAGCAAGCUGCGACACCAGCAACUCGAUCGUGCGCUGUGCAACUAUCAGCAACUCGCCGGAGCCAGAGAUCUCACACACGCGGAACGGAGAGAAAUAUCGCGCCGCUUUGCCGAUCCCAACGCACUGGACCACGAGUGGCUAUACGUUUGGGAACAGUUCGAGAGGGACAUCCCCCGCGAGACCCUCUUUGUCGAAGACACCCCGUACCACGACCCCAACGAUGCCUUAGCGGCCAUUUUAAGCUACGUCGAGUGCUGCUACGACAGAGCCCAGAAGCAUAUCAAGGAAAAGUUGACAGCCACCUUGACAGGUGAACAAAACAGCGGUGCUGCCCCCACAGCAGCGGUGGCUGCUGGGGCGGCACCAUUAUGCGGUAGCAACUCUAGCACCAGCUCGACACCGCCGAGAGAGACGACCCUCUUUGAACAUUUCCUCUCCGCAGGUACGGCAGCCCUCAAGGGUGCCGUUGUCAAGAUGCGGUCAAGCCUGCCGGACUUUGUGGGGGAUCCUCUCCUCUCCGUCUCUGGUUACGACCCUGCGCUCUAUCAUGCUUCUCUCUUCUUCCCCACCGAUCCCAAAGCGCGAAGUGCGAAGAUCUUCUCAGCAGUGCGGGAGGUGGUAUUGGCAUGCCAACAGUCCUUCAUGGGGUUCCCGUACCAGCUCCUGUGCGAACAGGUGGGGACAGAGCGGCUGGGGCUGGCACUGGAAGCGUUGGAAAGGGACCAGGCGGAGGACGAUGACUUGGAUGAAGCAGAAGCAGAGAAGACAGCCCGAGUUGCUCUGGUGGACAAAAUGCACGAAGAGGGGGAGGUGGAAACCUCUGGUAGCGGGACGUCGGCCCCUACCCCUAUCAACAACGCAGAAAGGGCGGAGUCCACCUUGAACGAAACCUCCUCCUCACUGCACUCACAGGUGCACGGCUCACGUGUGCUGCGCAUCUACCAUAGUUUUCCCUCCACAGCCAGUGUGGCGAACAGGAGUGGAAGUAACCACCACCGCCGCCGGCAGCACACUGCCCACGAUGUAGACGAGUGGAAUGUGCCACUCUCCUCGAGCUGCUCCUCAGAUGUGGCCUCCUCUUCACUUUCGCCGGUCGUCUCGCCAACAGAGGUAUCGCCGGGGACGUCAGCCCCGCCGCCCGUGCGGGGGGUAGGUAAGCUGCCAGCCGCGGUGAUGAACGUCACUCCGGCACACUGCUUGUCAGAAGAAGAGCGGCGCCGCAAGGAGAACGUGACGCGUCGCCGUCGAGAGCGGCGCCGUCGCAGACGGGAACAGCUGCCCCUGCUGGUUGGUGAACCACGCCCGCACGAAUUUGCUGCCUUUCUCGACAUUGUGCGUUCCCGCGUCAUUGCAAAGCAAGCGAAGGAUGAGAAAAAUGAGAUGGAACAGCAGCAACGUCAGAGGGUAGAAAACAUGCUGAAGCGGCAGUGCGAACAGCGGGACAGUGCAUCAGCGUCUCGCCAGGGAUCGCGCCAAGGCCCUCAUCAAAUUUCCUCUGCCCCUCUCAACACAGCGCAGCAAACAGGUGAAGAUUCUUUACCACCGACCACAAACCAGUCGGCAAAGUGUGCUUCCGCAGAAGUUGCAGCAGCCACCGCACAGCCCACGGGCGCCGCCUUAGCACCUCGCAAACUAUUUCGCGAAGAUGUUGAGGGCUCCGCGUAUCUGAUUCCCACUCGUUCCACCUCUGCCGCAGUGGAGCCGCUCUUGUGCUCUCCUCUCUUACCACUCUCUAGCACCUCAACUCGAAAGGUCGCGGCGUCACCCGAGACGCGCGGGAUGCGUAUUUUACUCUUCUUUGACGACAAGCGCAACGCGCCUGUCGUCGUGGUGAACAAGCUGUUCCGCCUGUUCAUAAUGCCGGGGCUGUGCAGCCUCACCUCCUCCGAAGACGACACCACAGAAGUGCUGAACAACGAAAUGACAGCGAAAGCAGGCACGGCUCACCCGAACCCUCCUGCGCACAAGUCGGGUGCCGGGCGCACGGGCAACUCGGAGAAGAACCUGCUCCUUCUUAUUCAAGUCCAGUUUUCGCUCUUUUUGGAGGAAGAUGCGGAAGUUCGGUGGAAGUGGUGGAAGCUGUAG